AUGGAAGCUAUGAAGAUCAUAUUGGCGUUAUUGAUUGUCUUACUAGCAAGCACUAAUGUGGAGUCGUAUAGUUGGGGUUAUCCAUAUUACGGUAGUGCAUAUUACAGUACAUAUAGACCGUUCAGUGGUGGAUGGUCACCAUUUUAUGGUGGAGAAAUGAUCGGUGCAAACUUUGGUGGAACUGGAGCAACACUUUUGACAAAGAAAUGA